GCAACUAGCGAUUAACGUACAUCAGUGUUUUGGUAGAGUCGACGCGGUCACCACGCGUCGGAGUCCUAUCCUAGUACCUUACCGGUGCAGUGCGCGAACUUAGCGACGACAAAACACGUCAGGGUAAAGACAAUACUGUUUGUGCCUUAGGAAGUUUACUGUGACAUUGUUGACAAAGACACAAAGUUAUUUUACUAAGGAACCGAAACAGUAGUUCGAAGACCUCAAGUGACACAAUGGGGUAAGCCGUGCGAAGCGGCGGGUUAUUGGACUGAUUAUUUCGGACAUAAGUGUUAGUGAAUAGUUAGCACGAGUUUCUCUAGGAGUGUUAGAAACAAAUUGCCAAGAUGUAUUCUAUGAACUAUAUUGGGAAGUUCAUAGCGAACUUUAGGGAGUUUUACAACGAGAUUAACGGGGCGACGCUGACCGGUGCCAUAGACGUGGUGGUGGUGGAGCAGCCUGAUGGCAGCUUCACGUGCUCGCCCUUCCACGUGCGCUUCGGCAAGCUGGGGGUGCUGCGCUCUAGGUUCAAAGUGGUGGACUUGGAACUGAACGGCGAAUCGCUGCCCAUACAUAUGAAAUUGGGCGAGUCUGGGGAAGCGUUCUUCGUCGAGGAAGUAGGCGAGGACGAGGCCGGCUGGUCCGCGCAUCUCGCCACCUCGCCCAUCCCGGCCGCGCGCUUCGAGCAGCUGUACGAGCCCAGACGCCGCAACUCGCUCUCUGCCGUCGAACCCGAUCAUGGACAGGCCUCCGAUUACACCAAGCGCAGGUACACCGCCGACGGCCAGUCCAUGCAGAAACCUGAUAUGAAUAAAAUUAAGCAGGUGAAGAAAGAUGCCAAACCAACUAGCGAUCACGAUAACGAUGCGUUAUUUGAGAUGGACGGAUUGGAUGGCCUCGAUGAGACGCCGACAAACUGGGGCGAUUCUCGGACGCCUAAAACGUUUUCGGCAACACAGCUGGAGGCCGGGAGCGAGGCCAAGCAGACAGUGCAAAUGAUCAGCGCGCACAACGACUUCCGCCCCAUCGAGGCCGCCCCAAUCCUAGAUGAUACUAAAGUCAACGGCAACGGAAAGAAGAAGAAGAAAACUAGAAAAGUUAGUUCAAAGAAAAAGCACCAACGGAAAUCUUCGACAAGCUCUAUCUCCAGCCAGUCGGACCGUGCCGGCUCCGAGCAGCGCCCCUCACAGCCUACAGCCAUUCCUAAUGCUACAGAUAUCAACUUCUUCAGCGACAACGAAAUUUCUGCCGCGACAAUUAGUGAAGAGAUGUCGAACCUGAAGCUCAGCGGGGACAACCGCAUCCCGAUGGCGCUCUCCGACACCGCGUUCGAGGUGCACGCCGCCUCCAGAAACGCGGGAUCCCGCAGUGGCACGCCCGUACAAUCGGAUACUGAAGUCGAGCUGGCACGGACCGCGAAGGGCGACAAAUCAUCCCAGUCAUGGCGUUGGGGCGAGCUGCCUGAGCCUCCAGUCCGCACCGAAUGCGCGAGUUCACCCACAGAGCUGGGGUCCUCUGCUACCCCUGGGUCUCCGGCUUCGCCUGGGACACCGGGUACCCCGGGCUCGCCCGCCGAGCCCCUCAGCUCAGACGAAGAACGCGCGGGCCGUUCGGGGGUGUUUAGCGGCAUGUUCCGCUUCAUGUCGACGCGCGAGGCCACCGAGGCCGCGGAGGGCGUGUACCUGGACGACCUGGAUCGGGGACAGGUCGACCCGGACCUGUACUUCCCUAAGCACCACAUUGGUCGCCAUCGGAGCGGUCUGGCGAACACAUCUCACGAGAACACGGGGCCUACCGAAGAGGAGUACGAGUCCGGCAACGGCCCCUCCCUCCCGCAGUCCCCGGCCUCGCUCGAGCCGCCGCAGCUCGACUCGGACGACGACGAGAAACUACUCGCCAAAGGUCAAGUCGGCGUAUACGUGCGCGAGGAGCAAGUGUCCCGCGCGCUGCCCUUCGAGGAGUUCUGCGCGACGGGCGGCGCGCUGGCGGCGCAGGGGCGGCUCGUGGUGCGGCUCGGCGACCGCUGGCUGCCGUGGCGCAGCGCCGGCCCGCUGCUGCUGUCGCUGCUCGCCUACAGGCGCCCGCUGCCCAGCCGCGUGCUGGAGUCGCUGGAGAAGAGCAUGGAGAAGGAGGGCUCGGAGCCGCCGGCCGCCGACGCCAAGCCGCGCGGCUACUCGUGGUGGAGCUGGCGCCGCUCCAACGCUGGAGCUGAAGCCAAACGCACAGAGCCAAAUAAGGAUGAAUUCAAGAGUUCCAGUUUCCCUGAAACAGAGUACCUUAGCAUGGAUUUGAAAAUGGAAACUGCCGAAGGAAUAGUCGCCGAGGAGGUUCUACCCGACGGAAAACAAGAAACAGUGGACGUCGAGGAGGUCAAAGAACCUAUCGAUCUCAUAGACCCUACUCAAGAACAAGAACCAAGAGACGAGGACCCAAGUAUGCUAUCGGAAAGCAAACCUAGCGAUCAAGCGGAGCGGGCCUCGCGGGCCUCGCACUUGGAGCCGAGCUCGUCGGACUCGGAGCAGGAGCAGGCGCGGCCCUCGCGCCGGCACUCCACCUUCAGGAAAACGCUGCGGCUCUCCUCCGACCAGAUCAAAAAGCUCAACCUUCGCGAGGGCAUGAAUGAGAUGGUGUUCAGCGUGACCACCGCCUACCAGGGCACCACGCGCUGCAAGUGCAACGUGUUCCGUUGGCGCUACGAUGACAAGAUUGUCAUCUCCGACAUCGACGGUACCAUCACCAAGUCAGACGUGCUGGGACAUAUCUUCCCACUCGUGGGCAAGGACUGGGCGCAGUCGGGCGUGGCACAGCUGUUCACCAAGAUCAAGAACAAUGGCUACCAACUGCUGUAUCUGUCCGCGAGAGCCAUCGGACAGGCUAGGGUGACGCGCGAGUACCUGCGCUCGAUCCGCCAGGGCGAGACGUGCCUGCCGGACGGGCCGCUGCUGCUGAACCCCACGUCGCUGCUGCGCGCCUUCCACCGCGAGGUCAUCGAGAAGAAGCCCGAGGAGUUCAAGAUCCAGUGCCUCGCCGACAUCAAGGCGCUCUUCCCGCAGGGCUCCAACCCCUUCUACGCCGGCUACGGCAACAGAGUCAACGACGUAUGCGCGUACCAGGCCGUCGGUAUUCCUAUCGUGAGAAUAUUCACCAUCAACUAUAAAGGAGAGCUCAAACACGAGCUGACGCAGACAUUCCAAUCGACGUACUCCCACAUGUCGGUGCUGGUGGACCAGGUGUUCCCGCCGGCGCUGUGCGAGCCGAGCGACGAGUUCUCGCAGACCGUGUUCUGGCGCGAGCCGCUGCCCGCGCUCGCGGAGCCGCUGCCCGCGCCCGCGCCCGCGCCCGCGCCGCCCAGGCCCGCGCUCUGAGCUGACUAGUGCUCUCGUUACACCUUGUUCCUCGUAGCCCGCUACAUGAGGGCGAUCAUGAACACAAUUUACUGACUCGUUAAAAUUGUCUUUAUUUAGGCAAUACGAGUUGCAAUGGCUUAGUAGAUUGUCUUGGUUAUUCACAAAGGAAAGUGGUUUUAUUAUAAACGAGAGAACGUAUAUAGUUGAAGAAGCGCGUCUUGUUCGGCUUAGUUGCCUAGACAUUAUAGCUUAAUAUUUAUGCAGAUCCGUUAAAUCCCAUGUCAGGUGGUUUCUUUUAAAGGUACAAAUUGGAACCCGGUGACGUGAGGCGACACGUCGCUGCGUCACGGCUGGUUUCUAUGUAUUUCUAUGAAAUCUCAUUCGAACUUGACGUCGCCGAGCCCGACUACAGAUCAGGAGUGCCGCUGACGUCAGAGUACGCAAUAUGCGGUCGGGUUCAAACUAACACAGCGACACGAAGUCUGCAGUCGCGACACGUCGUCGCCGGGUUCCAAUUUGUACCUCAAAAAACUGAAAGCCAGAAAUUUUACACCUGGGACCCGGGUCCAAAGCAAGUAAAAGCAUUUGACUUUACUAACGGAAAUAAGGUCUACCGGAUCUUUAUAUAAUCGAGUUUAAAUGUCAGUGCUCAGUCAGUAGGAUGUGUAAAAUCUAAGACAAUGUCGUGCUUCGAAUUUGACAAGUAAACGAGAUGGCGCUAUACAGCUCCAUCUCGUCCAUUUUGCGGUAACUCUGAUUGUCAAAAGUUAACGUUUGACAAUUCAGUACAGCGCCAUCUGUUUUGGAUGUCAAACUAAGGGGCACGUUUUUUUCUUAGACUUUCCCUCUCUAUUACAAUUAAUUCUCUUUGAUGCAGGAUAAUUGUGAAUAAUUUAUAACAGUUUAAAAUUCGACCCAAACAUAUAAGAAAAUGUAAUUUUAACUAUUCCGAUUGCUAGAAACAAAUAUAUUAUAACCGGCUGGGCCUGUGUUAUACGCGCUCUUAGCCUUUUUUCGACACUUUAGGUUCCUAUUCAACAUGCGCGUAAGUAUAACACGGUUAUACCCAAUAUGUUUGCUGAUAGUGGUAUGGCAUUGUUAAAUCUAGGUGUUGUAUUAUAAUGAAACUUUGCACAUACAAUGGUAUGAGGUAUAUCUAGGGCUGAAAUUAGUUUGUAUUGCUCCACGUUAUAAAACAAACGAAAUAUAGCAAACACAAGUUUUGUAUGACAAUCUUAAAUUCGCUAAUUUUUUUGUUACUAUGGUAUCUGAGGCUACUUAAACUAAUUACAGGUAUAGAUAUACCCUAUCCUAUUGUUGACUAUUAGGUAUUUGUCUAGUAGUCUUAAUUCAUGAUCAUUUUAUUGCGCCUUUAUGACGCUUAACUAUCGCUUAAAUAUUAGGCUUGAUAUAUCAAAAACUUUUGGGCUAAUUUGCGUUUCGAGAAGUUAAGGUGCUAUAAUUUCAAAUUUUAUUAGAAAUGUUUUUAUUAAAUCAAAUUAUGUCUUGUCGCUUCAUUUGCUUAAAUAUUCAAAUGAAUCUUUAUCUUUCGAAGAACACAAAAUAUAUAAAAUAGAGAUGGAUUUACGUAAAUAUGGCGAAGUAUAUAGGCGCCGGAAGUCAGAAUUCACUUUACCGUGUUUGCCCAAUUAUUUGUGUUGUAUCUCUUUUCUACGCAUAGCCAAAAGAAAGAGAAGACGCCGUUAUUGCUCAAAUACGAAAAAGCGAGUUUGACCUAAAGCAUCAGCUCGAUCAAUUUAUUUAUUCCGCUAUAAUUAUUAAUUAGUCAUUCUAAAAUAAAAAUCACUUGUAUUAGAGAGACAUUAUAUUGGAAUAGAACGUUGGUCGAUGAAUGAUGUAAUGUGGUAUUUGUGGAUAUGACCUCUAAGUGUCCUCACAUGCAAUGCAGCACUUUGAGCCUUAGCCUUGCGUCACCAUGGACGCCGCUAGGUCAUUGAGUGACUGAUCAACGUUAGAUAUGAUGUGGGAUCUAUCGACGUAAAGAAAAAACACGAGACUUGUAACAUUAUCAAAGAAUAUCGGUACAAAAAUCGCAGAGAUUAUAAUGUAGUCCUUAUUUCUAAUAUUGACAUGUAAUUUAUUAUAGGCCAAUUUAUUUUGGAAUAUUUGUUUGCCAAUAGCGGCACAGUUAACAAAAAAGAUAUCAAAAAACUAAACCAAUACCAGGCACAAUAGUAACCAAUAAAGACUUUUAACCUCCCUGCGAAAUUUAUAGGACUGAGAUGAAGCGUACAGUACGCCAUCUAUGGAAAAUGAAUAUAGAAACACAGUUUCAUAUGAAUAUUGUCAGUCUUUAUUAUCUGACAUGACUAUUGCAAGUACUGUUUGAUAUCUUGCUGUUGACUGUAGGUAAACAAAUUGCUUCUAAAGCAACGGACGUAAAUUAAUUUAAUUUUGAUUAUUGUCUAUCAAAUACGACUGAGUUAGAAACUUACCGAAUGCAAUAAUCUAUCAUGGUGCAACUGUGCUAAGUUAUAAAACUACCCCACGACAUAGUUUCAUAAGACAUCAGACUAACAAUUUAAAUUUGGAAACACGAUAAGUUAAUUAUGUUUGACUACUGCGGUCUUAAAUGCUGUGAUACAACGUGAUCUCGAGUUCGUAACGCCAGUACGCGAAUGUUGCGGUCACCUGAGUAACUUAAUUCUGCUAGAAUAUGUCCCGGCUUGUUCAGUGGCAUCCGUUCUUUGUUGUCGCUCCUAAUAAAUAAUAACGAUAGCUUUUAUAAAUAGGUUCACUUGUAACAGAUACCCGAGCUGGGUGCUCAGUCGACGUGCCAAUCUUAAGCGAUCCGUAGCGUAGUCAUCUCUCUCUAUCACUCCAUAUUAGUGCGACAGUGACAGUUACGUUUCGUUCGCUACGGAGCGUAAAUAAUUGACACGUCGGCUACGCACGCAGUAGUCAUUAGUAAAGAUCGUAAGAUUCGCUUUCAUAUACAAUAGUGCGUCUAUAGACACGUAAUUUUAGUUUAAAAUAUAAUUUACAAAGACUGCUAUGGUCCCAUGAUUGAUUGUAACGUAUCAUGAAUUUGUAGAUUUAAGUCCAGGGUCAUGUCAUGAGGUUUGGUUUGCUGAUCGUUGUAUGCUGUGAUGUCGUCGACUGAUGAAGCUAUGCUUUAUUUAUGUACUGUGAUUACUUAUUUGUAUGUAUGAUUAAGUUUUCUUGUUUAGAUUACUCUCUCAAAACAUCCAUAGCAAAUGCCUGGGCAUAGCCCUUUUAUGAUUUGUAUUUGACAUAUUUUAUAGAUAAUUAUUAGUCAUUAUUUUUUUGUACUAUUGUAGAGUGUAAAGUUAUGAAGAGAAGGAAAGUCGACAAGGUAUUCGUGUCGUAAAAAUAGGAAAUCGCUAGAUGGCGUUAUCGCCGCACUCGUUUUGCCCGUAUAUUUAUUUUCUAUGAAUUAAUUGCACGCGGUGACACCAACAUCUAUUGAAAUUGCUAGUUAGACGCCACGAAUGUAUAUUUGACUUAGGGCUAUUAUAACUACUCUCUUUGCUAUCAUAAGUUCAUGAAAAAUGUUUUAUAAUGUUUUGUCUGAUUAGAAUUUGGUAUUUUCUUUUAAAUAGAUAAUUUAUUGUUGUUUCUGUGAUUAUUUUAAUAAACAUUUUAGUAUAAA